AUGAAAAUGGAAAAAGAUAAGAAUGCCGGAACGACAGCUAGUAUAAAAUAAUUUAGCUUUAUUAGCAAUAGAUUAUUUUUUAACUGUCAAGGAGGGGUUUUUAUUUAUGAUGUAUCGAAUAUUAAUUAACCUCAACUUGUUUCUGUUAUUAAGGCUAAUUAAGGUGCAUAGCUCAUAGAAAUUUCACCUUAAAUAAAUUAUAUAUUUUUGGUGGAUGGAACUUUUAGAAUUAUAAAGAUUACAAAUAUGGACGACUUUAUUCAAUCUCCUUAAACACCUAUCAAAACAUAAGAUUAGUGUUCUUUCUCAUUUACUUAUAUAUAUUUAAGCUAUAUCUUUAAUAACUACUUAAUUCUCAAUUCGCCAUCCACUAUUAUUGCAGGAGCUGAUUUAACUGCAUUUUUAUAAACAGGAAAAUGUAGUGAUUUAUAGUUUAAUAAUUAUUAUUCAAAUAAUAGUUCAUUUACUACUGUUUCUAUAACUCAAAAUAAAAAAUACAUAUUUCUUAAUUAAGCAAAUGUCUAUGUAAAUGUAGUAGAGAUGAACUAUGAACCCAUACUAUCUGCGAAAAUAUUUUAAAUUAUUGAAAUUAACAAGUACAUUUAAUUUCUUACUCUUUCUUAUGAUCUUUCAUUUCUAAUUAUCUCAAACUAAAUGACAAUAGACUUUUUCUUUAUAAAAAGUAACCCUAAUUACAACUUUACGCUUCCUAGUAUACUUAAUUUGCCUUCAAUAAUCUCAUAUAUAGACCCUGUAGUACCUUUAAAUCCUGUUCAGCCUUAUGAUUGCUAGUUUACAUCAGCAAAAAAAUAUCUUAUCUAUACUAAAGGUUCUUAUGGAACUUAUAUCAUUUAAGAAGAUUAAAAUAGCCACUAUUUAUCAGUAAGUUAAAGUAUUAACCCUCCUCCAACUCCUUCUGAAACUUUAAGGAUGUCAAGAGCUUUUAAUAAUGAUUAAAAUCUUUUAAUUGGAAGAGGUACAAGUAUUUAUAUAUACGAUAUAUCCAAUUUAUCAGGUCCUAUUUAACUUUCUAUGUUAAAUUUUGGAUUUGUCGGGAUCUAAUUUCGUCGCUCUUAUAUUACAAAAGAUAUGAAAUAUGCGUUGCUUGCUGGAGAUAUAAAAGGUGUUUUAGUCGUUGAUAUAUCUAAUUUGAAAAAUCCUUUUCUUGUUACUACUAUUUAUCAUAAUUUUCCUCGUUUAACAAGUUGCUAUUACGUUGAUAUGCCAACAAGUGAAAAAUAUGCAGUAGCAUCAUAUCUUUCCUUAGGAAUCAUACUCUACGAUUUCACUGAUUUUAAGAAUCCUAAAAUUUUAUCUUAUUUGACUACUUAAAGUGCUCGCUAGACAGUAUUUUUCUAAAAUUAAAAUUUUUUGUUGAAAUCUGAUCUCUAAGAAGGAAUUAUGAUUGUUAAUGUAACUGAUGUUUUGAAUCCAUAAUAAGUAUCUACAAUAAUUUAAGAUGCAUCUGCUAGGCAGUGUAUUUUAGUUUAGAAUGAUCUGUUUGCUGUAUGUACAUCUAGUUAUCUUGGAAAUUUAUUAUUAAUAGAUCUAAGAGACUUAACAAAUCCCAAAAUAUAAUAAAGGUAUGAUUUUAGAAACAAAUAAUUAAGUGGAUAUAAUGUGUGCUUAAGCAGUGAUUAGAAAAUAAUUUAUUUAGGCCUAGUUGAUUCUAUAGUUAGAGUAAGCCUUUAUCCUUAAAUUUAAUUUGAGACGAACUUACUACUUCUUUAAAGAGGUUCUACUCAAUUAAACAAAUUUAUAGAUUUCUUAAAACCUUUUGAACUUGGUACCUAGGUGAAAGUUACACUUUAAUAAGUCAAUCCAGCCAGAAAAGUAUUUAUUACAGGAGCUAAGUUUUAUAAUAAUUAUAAGGUUUAAGAUUUACCUUUUUGGGCGACUUUUUCAACAGCUGAUUCCUCACUUACUCUCUCAUUUACAAAACAAUCUAUAAGUAGUAACAAUAUCUACUCAUAGAAUAGUAACGGUACUGACUAUUAUAACUUUUAGUUUAUAUUUAUUAUAAAUUAAUCUAUUUUUAAUUUUGACUUUAUUAAUAAAAGCUUAAAUAUCGAUUAAAACUUAUCAAAUCAAAUAUUUGUAGAUAGUAUUUUAGCAGGAUUGUUAGACAAUAAUUAUUAUUAUUAAGGUCAAUCCUUUGAAGCUAUAAAUUAUUAUUUUUAGUAAAAAUAUUAAUAAAGUCAAAUUUAAUUUAUAUUUUAUGUUCUAAGUAGUAAAUUGCUUUACUACUCCAUUUAAUUAAAUGUCUAUGACUCUUUAAUAGUCAGUAUAGAUGAUAUAAAUGCAAAACCAUAUAUUUAUUCUGUGAAUAAUUAUAUUAAUAUUGAUUUUACUGUGGAUAUGAAAUAGGCAAAUUUUAUUCCAUAAACAUAUAGUGGAGUUUUGACUUAUCUGAGUGAUAAAAGCGAUUGGCUGAAAAUAGAAGGAGAUUUAAAUUCAAUAAAUCUUGUUAUAUAAAAUGGAAUUUAAUUAGCAAACUUUACAGAUGCUUCUAAUAUCAACAUUACUAUAACGUUUGAUGAUACAGUAAAUAAACUGAUUACCAAAAAUAUCCAUGCAUCAAGCAAGAAUAUAAUUAAACUUAAUUCUCCGAUAUUAAAUAACCCAGAUCUUUCAAUAUAAGAAGAUUUUGAGAAAAAAUUUUCAAAAAAAUCUGUAAAUAUAGAGGAUACAUUUAGUUACACGUUUAGCUCUUAAAUUUUUAUCAAUAAAGAUAACAGAAAUAUUUAAUAUCAAGCUUUUAUGCUUCAAAGUAAUGGAAAAUAUUUACCUUUAACUUAACAAAGUUGGUUAUUAUUUUAGGCUUAAGAAAGGACUUUUGUUGGAACAACUAAAUCAAAUUAGUUUGGAUAAUCUGUACAUUUAUUAAUCAAUGCGACUGAUGGAUUCACUUAUGCCACUACAUCUUUAGUCUUUUAUAUUGAUUCAAUCCCUAUCACAUACUUAAUUAUUUUACUUUUCUAAGUACUGAGUCCUAUUUUAGGAUUAAUAGGAUUAUGGAAAUAUCGUUCACAUUUUUAUAAUUGUGUCUAUAAAAGCUCUUAUUGCACUACACCAAUCUAAAUAAUUUGUGGGGAAGAAGUUAUUAUUUAAAUUCCAUUACUUGGAAAUAAAUUAAAAACUGCACAAUCACUCUGGAAUUCAUACUUUAAUACUUUAGACAAAUCUGUGAUUAUUAAAGAAUUUGACAUAGAAAAAUAAAAACUAGAUGCUAUAUUUGAAAAUAAGAAUCCCGAACUUAAAGCUUAGCAUUAAAUUGGAAAUGGUGGUAUUCUAAAUAGCAAACUUUUAAAAUUAUCAGAGCAGCAAUAAUUUUUAUAUUAAAAAUUAUCUGCAUGUUAAAGCCCAAGUAAUUUAAAGAAGAAGUUAUACAGAACUUUAAGAAAAAAAACUUAAUCAGUUCAUUUUAACUAAAAUGAUUAAAGCAAAGAUAAUAGUAAUCAAGUUAUAAAAAAUGAGUAAUAAGAUUAGUAAAUUCGUUAGUAAAAUUUAAAAUUGUGUUAUUUCAAUUAAGACAAUUCUUUGAAUUAUUCCAAAAUUAUAAUGGAAAUUCGUGAAUAGUAUAUUAAGAAUCAUAAAGUACCUAACAAAAAAUUACUUGAAUAGCUGAAUGAUCCUCUGUCUAUGAUUUAUAGAGCACUAACCGGGUUGGCUUCAAUAUCUAUAGCUAAUAUUUUACCAGAAAGAAUUAUAUAGCAGUCUAUAGAUUAUUUAAAAACAGUUGCAAAAAAAUAAGGAUACUUUGAAAAAGAUUGGUAUAAACAUUACACAAUCAUUGAGCAUCAAUUCUCAAGAGUGCAUAUUGAUCAAUUUCCAUUAGUAAAGGUAGAUACUGAUCAUUUAUAAAAAGUUUUAAAUAUUUUAUUUUCAAAUAUAGAUCUUAAAUAAGAAGAGAUAAAUAAUUUUUAUUAAAAAUAUUUUCCUUUCAUCAAAGAUAAUUUAAUUGCAAUAGCUUUGGGCUUCACCUAGGGUGGAUAAGGGAUUAUACCAAAGAUAAGAGGGGAAUGCAUUGAAAUUAAAUCUCAUAAUAUUUAAAACAUAAGAACAUUUAGACCUUUUAUUAAAAAAACAUUUUUUUUUUCUAAAUUAAUAUUUAGAAAUUAAACUUUAGUAGCUAAAGAGUUUUCUAGUAUAUAAGAAAUACCUUCAUGGAUAUAAAGUAUAGAUCUUGCUAAUAAUGUAAUUUUAAUCAAAGGAAGGACACAACAUAAAGAUAUUGGUUAAUAUGUUUUGAAUAUUUAUGAUGACAAACAUUUUAUUUUAAAGUAAAUAAAAGUGAAUGUUGUUCAAGAAAAGAAUCAAUAAAAUAACAAUACUCAAGAAAAAUCUCCUUUAAUUUUUUCAUAAGAAUCAAUUUAUCGUGAUUCAGCUCCGAAUUUUAUUAAACCUAUUCAAUUUACAAGCGAAAAAUCUGCUGAUGAUGAUGAUGAACUACCUCUAGAAUCUAUUAAAAAUAGUACAAAAAGUCGUUAUUUUGGAGAUUCUGGUUCAUUAAGAAAAAAAACUAACUAGUUAAGCCUUAAAAAUACAAAUAUAUUGUAAUUAUGA